AUGAAACAGAAUUAUAUUUUACUGAUAAUUUUAUGUUAUCUUCUCGCGAAUGUUCAUUCUGCUCCAGCAAUUAUCACAGUUUGGCAAACAGUUACGGAUGCACAAGUAGCAGCUGGUCCAACUGCAGCUGCUCCUGCUGCUAAUGCUAAUGCUAAUGUUCAACAAGCAGCUGCAGCUUCUGCUCCAGCUCCAGCUCCCGUGGCUUCACCCGCUGCUCCUGCCCCAGCCUCUAGUGCCCCUCAAAGUUCAACUCCUUCAUCUAGUGGAUGGUUGAGUAAUUUAUUCAAUAGUUUCUUUGGAGGAAGUGAUAGUGAUAGUUCUAGUGGCAGUGACACUGCAUCCGCUGCACCAGCAUCAACAAGUCCUCAGUCAUCAUCAUCAUCUUCUUCUUCUUCAGGAAACAGUUUCUUAUCUUUCUUGAGUGGAUUAUUUGGAUCAGGAAGCUCUUCAUCAACCCCAUCUUCUAUUUCACAACAACAACAACAACAACAAGGGUCUCCAGCUUCUGGUUCUAAUAGUCCAAAUUCAGCUCAACCUGAUGCAGCAGCUGCGUCAAAUCCCGUUCCACAAAGUAAUAAUAAUCAAGGCUCUGGAUUAGGUUCUGGUUUUGGAUCUGGAUUUGGCUCUGGUUCUGGCUCUGACUCUGACUCUGGUUCUGGCUUACCAUCUGCUUCAUCUUCCACAAUCAUCCAACAACAACCUUCAAGCUCAAAUAUCGGUUCCUCCUCAACUUCUUCUUCCUCCUCAUCUUCAUCUUCCUCCUCAUCUUCAUCUUCAUCAUCGGGAGAUAUUUAUGCUGCUAUUUCACAAUGUGAUGGUAUUGAUGCUUCAUUUGCCAGUGAAAUUUUAGAUGCUCAUAACAAAUAUAGAGCUCAACAUAAAGUUGGUGAUUUAUCUUGGGAUGUUGAUACUUAUAAUUAUGCUAAAAAUAAUGCUGAUAAUUAUGAUUGUUCUGGAGUUUUAACUCAUACUCAUGGUAAAUUUGGAGAAAAUUUAGCUGCGGGAUUCAAAGAUGGAGCAUCAACAGUUGCUGCUUGGGUUGAUGAACCAAUUCUGUACAGUGAUGCAUCAUUUGUUUAUAAUCAUUUCACUCAAGUGAUUUGGAAAGGUAGUACUAAAGUUGGUUGUGCUUAUAAAGAUUGUAGAAAAUCAAAUUGGGGUCUUUAUGUUGUUUGUGAAUAUGAUCCAUAUGGUAAUGUCAUUGGUCAAGGUUCAAAAAAUGUAUUCCCAUAA